CACAUGACCGCGCUGCAACCACUUCUCUAAAAUCGACAAAAAUAAAAGCAAUAACCAAACCCCCUAUACCCUACUCUACCCUUCUCUCUCUCUCUCUCUCUCUCUCUGCUAAAAAGCUUACCCUCUGUUUACAUUGUCACCCUUAUUUCAGUACUACCAGUACUGCAAACCGACCUCCUUUUUCUCACCUUCACUUUUACUAUUCCUCUCUCUCAACCCCUUUUCAAAAAGCAGCCUCUGAUAAUAUUCCAUUUCCCAUUUCUGUAUACUGGCUCUCCCAACCAUGGAAGCUUUCAGCUUACUCAAGUACUGGCGAGGCAGUGGUGGUGGUGUUAACGUUACUGGCGUUGGAGACUCCGGUGUCAACACGCGCACCGCCGGAACCACCACGAUUGUCACCGCCGUUUCUCAAACAGACGACGAGAACGAAGACAACGACGAUGACGGACCCUUCUUCGACUUGGAGUUCACUGUUCCUGACGAAGAAGAGGAGGAAAACCAAGGCAAAGAGAACGAGAACGAGAACGAGAACGAGAACGAAAGCGAAGUAGAAGUGCUAGAAGAAGAUGAAGAUGAAGAAGAAGACGACGAGUUUGACGAUGGUGGUGGGGAUGAGAGAGAGUUUAAAUUCACGCUCUCAUCUGGGUCUGGUUCUGGGUCCAGCAAUGUUGACACCGCGGACCCAAACUUGUCUCUUUCUCCUUCUGAUGAUCUUUUCUUCAAGGGUAGACUCGUGCCCAUUGAGCCAUCUUCGCUCGUCUUCAACCCCUCCGAAUCCGAACCCAACUCGAAACCUCAAUUCCCUGUCAAGCUUUUGAAAUCAGCUACCAAGUUCCGUGUCUUCAUGUUGGGUCUCAAAAAAUCCAAACUCCCAAACCCAACUUCACCCAAAGAAGACAAAAAAGAACCCGAACAACAACAACAACAACAACAACAAAAACAAAAGGAAGAGCCAAAGCAGAGUACUAAGAAUAAGUCUUUUACUGUGAAAUUUAAGGUGGAGGAAGUUCCGAUAAUGUCUUUGUUUACUAGAGACAGUUCGAAAAGCGCUUCUGUUAACAAAACACAGAAACAGAACACGGAGGAGUUGGGUUCUUCUUCUUCUUCUUCUACAGUUUCUGAGGAGAAAAAGUUUUCAAAAGAGGUAAUGCAAAAGUACUUAAAGAAGGUUAAGCCUCUUUACGUUCGGGUUUCUCGAAGGUACGGUGAGAAGCUGAGAUUUUCUGGGCAGUUAAGCCUAGGUGGCACCGCUGCCGGAGCUAAGCCGAUUUUGCAGAAAACGGUGGCUCCGGCAGCUGAGAAGAGCCAAGCGGCUGAGCCGGAGGGUUCUGAGAGUUCAGCUAACAAUAAUAACAACAAUGUGAAGGCUCAUCAGAAGCUGGGGAAUAUUCCAACUGGGCUAAGAGUUGUGUGUAAGCAUUUGGGGAAGAGCCGAUCGGCUUCUUCCGCUGUGGCGGCGGCGCCGAUUGGAACUGCGGCGGCUUCAAAGAGAAGAGAUGAUUCGCUGUUGCAGCAGCAAGAUGGAAUCCAAAGUGCCAUUAUGCAUUGCAAGCGUUCUUUCAAUGCCUCUAGAGUCUUUUUUGUUUAAUAGAUUCGGAGUCUUCUCUGCUGUCACGAUCUGUGAGCGACCCAUUGCAUGAGAAAUCAUCAGAAUUGGCAAGAAAGUCUUCGAAGGAAGGGAAAGAUGGUCGUAUUUGAAUCAAGGGUUAUGAUGAUUUUGAUCUUUGAAAUCAUUAGGAAGGACUAGGAAAUUAGUGUUAUAAAAUUAUAUAAUCACUUAUAUCAGUGUUGUGUUCGCUUUGUAUUUUGUAAAUGUUUUUAAGAUGGAAAAAAAAAUAGGGGCAGGAAAAAAAGAGUUGUCUCACUCUCAUGUUUAGUGAAGAUGACUGGUGAGUAUAUGUGUAAAGCUCAUCUUUUCUUGAAAGUGAAAGUAGAAUCAAAUCUUUGUAUUUAUUUAUAUAUAUAACUUUGUAAUCAGUAGAACAAGUUGGACCAUUUCUGUGA